AUGGGGCACAGCAGAGGAUGUGAGAAUGCAGUUGCGGUAGCCGCCAGAAAUGCAGAAAUAUUGGCUGGUGUGGUGUUGGUGAAUCCUACUGGUCUCCGUCGUCAUCGAGCUCAACGCCCUUUUUGGGUGAUUGAACUUGUUCUAUGGCUGUACUCGCUUGGACCAACAGCUAAGAAAGUAAUGCAUCCUCUGAUGAAGUUCUUUUACAACAAUAUUAUUGGUCUGCGACUGGAUACAGGAGAAAGGGCAAUGAUGUGUAUCCGGACGAUGGCAUCGCUCGAAUAUGGGAAGGGCUUGCGCGCACACAUUGACAUUAUUAAUCGGUGUAAAGCUGCCCGUGUGCUGGUGGUAUAUGCUGGAAAGGAUAUGCUUAUCGAACCGAAGAUUUCACGAGAACUUGCUACUUCUUUCAGUGAUCACAGAGCGCUGGCUUGUAAGGAUAACGAUGACGUAUCAGAGGAAAAGGUUAUACAAGAAACACGUGAACUUUUCUCAAAAAAAGCUAAAACUGUUUCGGUCAAUUUCGAAAUGAGCGGUCAUUUCCUUCAACGAGAUCGAGCACGGUACAUUGCUGAUUCUAUUGAAGCAAUUCUGCGAAGUCAAAAUAACUGUUCAAUGAUUCAAAGCAAC